CCCUCUGUGUUUAUAAUUGAAAGAUUCUCCGCCAUCUUCACGAAGGUCAAUGCGAUUCAAUGGGAACUUUUGUUUAGAUCGUCGCUUUAAUUCUCGCACUCAGAGAAAGGGGAUCUUCUGCCGCUGCAAAUGACAGAGACCGUGAUUUGACGUUGUCGUAGCUACCUUUAAAAGCCACAAAAUGUCGUGUGUUGCCUCUCUGAAGAGAGAACUCCAGCUUUUAGAGACGCAUUUCCCGAAAGACAAUGAGAGGUUCCAACUCCUGUCGGCGAACAUGGAUGAAUUGACGUGCAAGUUCAUCGGUUCAAAUGACGAAGUCUUUAUCAUACACUGCAAUUUCAGAGAUUCCUACCCCUCAUCGCCUCCAGUCUGGUUCUCUGAGGUGGAUGAUGCCGUUAUCUCAACAGUGAUAGAACAAUUAGCUGAUGUAACAGGUUCAGACUGCUUGCUGUUACGGCACGUGAAACAUUUAGUGUGUGAACUGUGUAAGCUACAUAAUGUAAAUCUGCCACUCAGCCUGCCUCAUCUGGAACGACAUUUACCACCAGAGAGAAACGAUGAGGAAAUGGUCAGUGCAGACGAAGAGGAAAUGCCAGAGGAUGAUGAAGAAGAAGAGGAAGAGGUUCAUGAGGUCGAUGAUUGCUUAGAUCAUUAUGAAAUGGAAGAUGAACCGAGCAAAGUGGAGAAGGAUAAAGAAGACAAAGAAAUAGAUGAAGAAAACUUUGCAGUGUUAGCAAGACUGAAAUCAAAUCAAAGGAAAGACUACUUAAAGGGUUCUGUAUCAGGAUCCGUUGGAGCUACAGAUAGGCUGAUGAAGGAACUGAAAGACAUCUACAGAUCAGACAGUUACAGAAAGAAAAAGAUGUACUCAGUGGAUCUUGUCAAUGAUAGCUUAUAUGACUGGAUGGUCAAGAUAUACACAGUUGAUUCUGAUAGUCUCCUCCAUGCAGACCUAUGUAAACUCAAAGAGAAAGAAGGCAAGGAUCAUAUACUCCUCAAUAUGACCUUCCAGGAGCACUUCCCCUACAAUCCUCCAUUUGUUCGGGUUGUUUGGCCCAUCUUAAUGGGUGGAUACGUUCUAGGGGGCGGUGCAAUAUGUAUGGAACUGCUGACAAAGCAGGGGUGGAGCAGCGCCUAUACCAUCGAGGCUGUCAUCCUCCAGAUUGCUGCUACACUAGUCAAGGGAAAGGCCAGGAUACACUUUGAUGCUGGCAAGAGCCAAUAUAGUCUCGCAAGGGCGCAGCAGUCUUUCAGGUCACUAGUCCAAAUACAUGAAAAGAAUGGAUGGUUCACACCGCCCAAGGAGGAUGGUUAGGAUGUUGUUUUUAAUGCCAAAAAACAGUUUAUCUACAAAGAAUAACAAACUUCUUGGACUGUGUACUGCCUUUCUUGUGGCAGACUGUGACAUUGAUUGAUAAACUAUGAACAUGGAUAUUACAUUACUAGUGAAAUAAUACAGCAUUUUGUAAACUCAUCAUCAUCAUCAUCGUUAUCAUCUCGUGGAAACAAUUUGCGUGGAGCACUUUCAGCGAUAACAUUUGCCAUUCCUGGAAGCAAGAUAGAAAGCAGUCUGACCCCGCGUAUGUGGCAUUUAUUUAUCAAGCAGAGCUUGAGACCGAGAAAGGAGUGAUUAUUAUAGUGCCAACUGAGCUUGGAGGAGAUUUUUACAUUGUGACCAUACACAAGGAUUCGUAAGCUAUUAUUUUUAUAAUGUGUUAGUACGUGUAAAGUUCAUCAGCUGGUAUUUGAGACUUGUAUCAAGCCAAACUUGGAUGUGCAUCAUUCAUGCUUGUUGAUUUAUACUUUGAACUUGUAAACGCUACACGGAGUCACAACCAACUGAAUCAUCCUGUGGAUUAAAAUUCCUGUUAUUUGUACAAUGAUUGCGUUUGUGUUUUGGAGAUUAUCAUGCACUGUUUGUUGUCCAACUUCAUAGCGUUCCCUUUUCAAUCAUGAUUUCAAUCGUGAUUCUUACCUGGACGCAUCAUGGUCUAGGGGUUUGGACUUUUGCUGCCCAAACAAGGUCAUGGGUUAAAAUCCCAACCAUGGUGUUCAUUUCCUUCCUAGAGCAAGAAAUUCAUCUUCAUUAAUAUACUGCACUCAACCCUGGUGAGGUGACAGGAUACCCCUUCAGAAUUAAUUACUUGGAUGCAUAUAGCACAGUGCUGCAGGAGUUCAAGCUGGAUUUAUGACAAUUAUGCGCCUCUGAAUAUAUUAUUUCUUGCUGGACAACGCUAAAUAAAUACCUAUUAUCAUCAUUAUUAUGAAUAGAAUUAUAUUUUUUGUGAGUUUCUCAUGUAAAUCAUCUUUUUAUAGAUCCACUGAUAUGUAGACUAGCUUUUAUUGCUGUACACAAGAAAUAUUUCUAGUGAUAAUCCAAGUAUUUCUCCAUUCCUCUCUCAUACAAGAUGAAUAUUGUGUGACUCCUUCAUCUAGACCCUUCUAUAAAACUACCCUCAAUUCGUUUUAGAGGAUGUUCUGUAGCUAAUUUUGAGGAGUUUGUGCAUGUGUACACUUUAAAUAUUGGAAAUAAGGGAAAAAGGGAUAUACAAAUGCCACAUACAUAUUCCUCAGUAUUUUCUGCAGAUGAACUGUUUCGAAAAGCAAAUUUGAAGGUGAUUACAUGUAUGUCUCUUCGUUUUUGAAGCAGGCUUCAAGAGACACGUUUUAUACUAGUUGCUACAUAUAUUAACCUUUAACAAUGAGUAAACAUACAAGUACCAGGUUUAUUCUCAAGCACAUAUCAGGCUCAACUUCCCUUAUCAUCAUGUUUCGAUUAUGAUCUUGGUUUAAGAAAGCUGAAAGCCCAGGAGCCCAUGUUUCACAAAGAACAAUGCCAUUAUGGUCUAGGAAACCUUGAUUUCAACUGGCUGCUGAGCAAUGUUACCAUGGUAAUUACUGUAAUGGUUAGAUUACAACUCUUAAGUUCUUGAUGAAACAGACGAUUUCCGUUUGUGCUCAGCUGCUCCACUCACUGAAAGUACAUGUAAAGACGGCACUUUCCGGGGGAGCAUUUCAAUAUUUUUGUCCAAUAAGUUGUCAGAUCUGACAACUUUUCCUGAUUCUGAUUGGCUGAGAGGUACUGUUACUUUAGUAGCCUGUCUGAUAAAACAGGACAUGUCAUAUAAAGUGGCCGACAAGUCCUUUCAUGAAAUGGUGUCUAAAGUUCCGAAAUGAAAAUUACUUGCAGAUCCAGAGUUCCUUGAUAGAAAUCAUUUAACUAAUUCAUCAGCUGAAAUCAACCAAUAUUUUGUCUAAAUGAAGUUACAUGUAAGAAAUCAAGCCACUGUAAUUGAGGGGUAGGGGUAAGUUAGUCAAUUAAUUGAUAGCUAAUUAGCCUGUAACUAUGGAGAUAAACACGCCCCCUUUCACACAGGCGCUUCAUUACUCCAUACACUCAGCUAGGGGGCAUUUCUCAGAGCAUCUAUUGUGAUCUAGGAUUUUUCAUUGACAAAUAUUCUAUGCCAAACAGAUACAAGGAUUUCUGGAGCUUAAAGCAUUGGUCUUGACAGAUCACUUCAUGAAGCAUCUCCCUUUUCCAGCUUGCUGCUCACUGACAUUCCCAUCCUCUUCUCAAUGCUUAUCACGUCCAUGAAAGUAUUUCAUGAACUACAUGUACGUUACAAAUGUUACAAGCUACUGAAGAUCCUUGCAUCUUAUUGGCUGGCAGCAUAUCAG